UCAAACGAGCACGGAUUAUAGGUUAUAACGGUGAUGUUUGUGUUUUCGUGGAGUGAUGUUUUGUGUUGUUUAUUGACAGAUAAUUUUUGAUUUUGUUUUCGUCAUAGUAGUUGGAAUCCUUUUCAGAUCGCCCUUUAAUAAUAACGAGCAGUAAGCGAACACAAUGGAUAUUUUACUGAAAUGUAUAGGAAUGUGGUUGCUUAUAUUGUGGCAAAAGGAAAAGUUGCAUGUGCUAUGUUCCAACGGUGGACCCCAGAAUUACAGCUUCGCCACGGGAAACGAUACUGAUCAUAAACCACUCCAUACAGAUUUGCAUAAUUUGUUUUCAACUAAAAAUAAUGCAGACAAACUAGACAAAAAUACAGACGAUGUGGAGUCGAAAUAUAACUCUUUUCUUAAUAGUACAUAUGUCACAGAGAGAAAUAGAGCAUUUGGAAAUACUGUAAACAUGGAAGGUGGGGGCGGUGUUACACUGUAUCACGACAUUCCACGUUUCGAUGUAGAACCCGCUCACAGUAUAGGACCAAGUUUUUCAAAUGCAAGUAUUUCGGGUAUUGAUCAUGGCAACAUAAGUUCAGGUAUAGUGCCUCGAAAAGGAGUUGCAUAUAGUAAACCAAAAAUUGUUCCACGAAAAGGUGUGUAUCCUAGUGCUGAGGAAAAUGGUUCAGAUAUGUCCAUUUCAAGUAUUGAAAGCACUGAUGAAAAUGUGGAAAGGGACAGUACUUUGUUAAACAAGAAAUGUGUCUGCUGUUUGAAAAAUACUUCAAGUGCAAGCAUCAGAAACGAAAGUGAUAUUAACUGUAGAAAAUGUUGUGAUGCAAUGAAUGAUAGAAAUACAUCUAGUAUAAGUAAUUCAACUGAUCCAGUGAACCAGUUACCCACAGAAUCUGUUGCACCUUCUGCUGUCAAUUUCACAUCUGAGGAUAGUAUUUCUGAUUUAGAGAAGCAAGAUAAACAUAAUUCCAGCUCACUCAACAGUACAGCUACUUUUACAUUUCCAUCUCCAAGGAACAAGAAACCACUGUUUACAUUGGAUGCUGCUAAUGACUCGCCUGCAAACUUGUCUUUCCAGUCCCCAUCCCAGAAUAAGAACUUAAAUAGGACUGAUUAUGUCAUACCAAUUGUUUCCAUAAUUUUCGUUGUUCCACUGGUUAUUGUAUUGGCAGUGUUCCUGUACAAGAAAGGUUCAGAGUUCUGGGAAAGGAGACAUUAUAGGCGUAUGGAUUUUCUGAUUGAUGGCAUGUAUAAUGAUUAAUGUAUUUACCUAGACAGGUGAAACAACAUAGUUUGCUUGAACUAAAUUCAGGAUAGUCCCAUUUGUUUAAUAAUAUUGGGACCAGCCACAAUACAGAAUUUUUAUAACAAAUAACUUUUCAUUUUA